AUGGCAUCUGGCGCGGCGGAGAAGGGAAAGGCCCUGGCGGACGGGGCGGAGUCAGCGGCGGAGAGCGCGGCGCGGCGGGCGCGGGAGUGGAGCACGUGGGCGAUGAAGAAGGCCAAGGUGGUGGCCCACUACGGCUUCAUUCCCGUCGUCAUCCUCAUCGGCAUGAACUCCGAGCCCAAGCCGCGCCUCGCCCAGCUCCUCUCCCCCAUCUAG